AUGAGCAGCCCUAAGCGGAGGAUAGAGACGGAUGUUAUGAAGCUGAUGAUGAGCGAUUAUGAGGUGACACUGGUCAACGACAACAUGCAAGAAUUCUAUGUCAUCUUCAAAGGACCUUCGGAGACACCCUUUGCCGAGGGCAAAUGGAAAGUUCACGUCGAACUGCCAGAUCAAUAUCCUUACAAGUCUCCCUCCAUCGGUUUCGUCAACAAGAUCUUCCACCCAAACAUCGAUGAAGGAUCGGGAUCGGUGUGCUUGGAUGUCAUCAACCAGACAUGGUCGCCCAUGUUCGACAUGAUCAAUAUCUUUGAAGUCUUCUUGCCUCAGCUCCUCCGGUAUCCCAAUCCUACCGAUCCCUUGAACGGAGAAGCCGCUGCAUUGUUGAUGCGGGAACCUCGAAGCUACGACGCAAGGGUCAAAGAGUACAUCGCCCAGUAUGCGACAAAUAUCCACGAUGACCACGACGAGGACGAACAUGAAACGGACGGCGAGUUGAGCGAGGUGGAAGAUUUCAACAGCGAUGGAGAGGAUGAGCCGGCUGGAGCUAUGGAGGAUGUAUGA